AUGGAAUUUCGAGGCUUGCAUGAUAUGAGACAAGGAUAUGCGAACGGAAAACUGGUUCAGAUUACUCCUGGAUACCCUCUUGGACUCAGUCCUGUCGGGUCACAACAAAAGGCUACAGUGUCAGGGAACUCUUUGAAAGAUUUCAUGGCCCAACAGAAAGAUGAUUCUCAAUCCUAUCAAAUGGAUGUUUAUAUCAACUACUGCGUUAAAACUGGGACUUCGCCAGGACCAAACCUGCCACCUAUUAAGCGACCUCCAUUCAUGCCCAAGCCAGCUGCACUUCUGAAUGACGAGAAUAACUUAGUUAUAUUCAACAUUGAGACACAGACGUGGAUGAAGAAUGACCAGGCCUUACAAUUCCAAGCCUUACAUGGCACAGCUUCACAGAAAAACUCGGCUAACGAUGACAGUCUGUCUCCAGGCGCUGCUGCCGUUUUAUCUGUUGCUGCUACUUUAGCCUGUGUAGCUGUGACUACUUGUCUCGACAUGUUCAUCAGAAAGGGAAGAGCUCAAGAUCCAGUGCCUACAGACGCUUGGUUGGGGGCAAAUCAAGCUAUGGUACAAUUUCAACAGGAACAGAUAGUGUAGAUGUCCAGUAGAAACAUGCCUACUGUGUGUAGCAA